AUGGGCGAAUCUAAUCAUUCUUCACACAUCGAACAUAAUAGAAGGGAGUCUGAAAGGUCGACGCGAUUAUCGAUGCAAAUGCAGGACGAAGAUGAAGAAGAUUAUGCUUUGGCGGCCAUGGGAAUAUCGAAUGGUGGUGGUUACAGACCCUCGGACUCACAUCAACAUACUUACACUCCACCACCACCACAACAAGAACCAAUACAGGAACAACAAACUCAAACCCCAUUAUCACCCAUAGAAAGACGAAGAGCAUCAACACCACCGCCACGACCUUCGAGUACAACAAAACCAAGAGGAAUUGAUUCGUUCGCAUUACGAAAUGAUGGUGGGAAUGGUCAAAUGUCGAGGGGUCCAACAUUCGCGUACUCGGGGGAGAAUGGAAGUGGAAGUGGUUAUGGAUUAACGAGGACAUCUACUGCAACGAGUAUAUCGAGCAUAUCGAGCGAAUCAAUUAUGAUGAGACCGGAAAGCCCGUAUAGAGGACCUACAGGACCAUCACACCCAUAUAAUAUGUAUAAUCAAGACUCACGACUAGCGAGAACAGCGAGUAUAGCGACGACGUCAACAAUGCCGGCACCACCACAGGAAAUGUCGUACACGGGACCAAGCGGACCAACACAUCCUUACGGCAUGUACCCGCAGAGUACAGUUUCAAGUGAUUCCGACCAGUUGCCGAUUGCGCCCAUUCCUGUUGGUUUCCCAGGUCUUAAUAAUGAUUAUCAACGAAGAUUAGGUCCGGAAGGUGAGGAGGCCGCGGAUCUUAUCGGGCCUGAUGGGCACACGGAACAAUUACCACCUUAUACCAAAUAUCCGGAUGAGGCUUUUGCUAGAAAACUACGACCUACAUCUGUACCAACACCCGUACUUGUACCUACCAUUCAAAUGCCAGCUCCUAUCGUUCCUAUAUCUGGUGCUGGUGGUAUGGGACUAGCGACUCGAAAUCCCGAAUUUGCCUCUAAUGAAGAUCUUCGUUCAUCGCAAUCACGCCAAUCAUCAAGGAGUAUAAUGUCAGAUCGAAGUUCACAUCAAAGCAAUCACACCGAUAUGGAAUAUUCCGAAAAGCCUCCACUGAAGAAAUGGCAAGUCGUUGCCAAAAGAAAACUGUGUGGAAUCGUUCCUGUAUGGGUUGUUGUUUUGAUAGUCUUGGUCUUCGUUCUCUUUGGAAUUGUACUUGGAACCGUUUUUACCGUUUUGAAGCCGAAACAUGGUGGUGACCCUAAUAAUAGUUCUAGCAAGGAACAUCAUGACCAAUCAAGCCAAACAACAGUAUAUGCGACCAUGACCACCACAUUCGAUGCAACUCCUCUGUCUACUGUACCUGCUUCGCUUCCAUCGCUUCCAACUGGAACGUACAACAUGCCCCUCACCGUUCCUUCAACUGCCCAGAGUAGUUGCAUCAUGAACACCGCCGAAAACUCAGCUUGGAGUUGCUCCAUAGCAAUGACACCACUUGAAAUGUCUAUUAUAGACAUUCCAGGUGGUGACGAACUCGCCAAUAAGGAAAUAUCCAUGAAUUAUGGCAAUGCUUCCUUGAAUUUCUAUCCAUACGGCGCCCAACCACCGAUUUUGUCGUCUGCUCAGGUUCUAUCUCUCGUCAAUGAUUCGGAAUAUCCUAGUCGAGGUCCAGCAUGGUUUUUCCAAGUGCCAUACAAUAAGGUAGUUGUAUUACCACAGAAGGCUCUCUCAACAAACAUGAAGCGUCAACAACCUGCCUCGGGUUUCAUGAAUCGUAAAGGAGUAGCUCAAGCUGGAGAUCAACCUUGGUUUUGUUACUGGAAUGGAACCUUAUUAGAGGCAUUCAUUUAUGUCAAUGAAACUAGUAGCUCGGGUUCUUCUGCCACGGUCACUUCAGGUGGUUCGUCUCCAACUGAAACCGGUAAUGCAUAUGGUACGAGCACUUACUCAUCAGAUGUACCUUCAUCUACAACUGGAGUUCAAUCACAACAGUCUUCUUCAUCUGGAUCUUCUCAAAAUAGCCCUCAAUUCUUACCUCAAUAUCCUAAAGUUUACAAAAUCGCCGAACGCCGUAUCCCUCGAGGUGGUCAAACUGUUCCAGCUUACUGUGUAGCUCAUCAGAUCUUAUCAAAUGGUGACGCUGAACCAUUAAUGAAUUCAACUGGUCAGCCAAUUACCAUCUAUUUAAAUGAGACGGAACCCACAAGUGUCUCGCCAUUGUCGUCUCGAAGUCUUGUCUCGGACUUCUUCAAACGAGAUUUGGUGGAACGAGACGGGGAUGAGAGUUGCGGUUGUGUGUGGCUGGAAUCUUAA